CUCCCCGGCAAGGCGGCAGCGGCGGCGGGAGUCCGGACUCGCGGAGUUGAGGGGCGCCCCCGCCGGCCCCUCUGGGAACAUGGCGACCGGCGGCUACCGGAGCGGCGGCGGCAGCACCACGGACUUCCUGGAGGAGUGGAAGGCGAAACGGGAGAAGAUGCGCGCCAAGCAGAACCCUGGAGGCCCGGGUCCGAGCGGCGGGGAUCCAGUCGCCAAGUCCCCGGUGGGACCGCUGUCCCCAACCGCUGCCGCCGCCGGGACCUCGGAGCUCAACCACGGCUCCGCGGGCGCGGCCGCACCUGCUGCCUCGGGGCCCACCGCCCUCAACUGCGCCCUCGGCCCCUCGGCGCUGCCCCGCGCGCCUCCCGGGUCGCGGCGUCCCGAGGACGAGUGUCCUGCUGCCGCAGCGGCCGCGGGGAUGCCGGCGUCCCGGGGCGACGAGGAGGAGCCGGAUAGCGCCCCGGAGAAGGGCCGCAGCUCGGGGCCCAGCGCCAGGAAAGGCAAGGGGCAGAUCGAGAAGAGGAAACUGCGGGAGAAGCGGCGCUCCACCGGCGUGGUCAACAUCCCCGCGGCAGAGUGCUUAGAUGACUACGAAGACGAUGAAGCGGGGCAGAAAGAACGGAAGCGAGAAGACGCCAUCACACAGCAGAACACCAUUCAGAACGAAGCUGCGAGCCUCUUAGAUCCAGGCACUUCCUGCCUGUCCCAGGACCCUUCGAGGACAGUUCCAGGAAGAUACAAAAGCACAGCCAGUGCCCCAGAAGAUGAGGUCUCAAAUAGAUUUCCCCGCAAGGACAGAAGUGGGUUUGGUAGACAGAACAGAGACGCAAAUGUGGCGGGCAACUUUGCCUCCAGCAGCACCUUGGAAAAGAGAAUCGAAGACCUCGAAAAGGAAGUUGUAAGAGAAAGGCAAGAAAACCUCAGGCUUGUGAGGCUGAUGCAGGAUAAAGAAGAAACGAUUGGAAAGCUCAAGGAAGAGAUUGAUUUGUUAAAUAGAGACCUAGAUGACAUAGAAGACGAAAACGAACAACUAAAGCAGGAAAAUAAAACUCUUUUGAAAGUUGUUGGGCAGCUGACAAGGUAGAAGAUUGAAGACUCGUGUGGAAAAUCUGUUUUUAAACUACUGAUGAAUGUCAAGGCUCAGAUGAUGCUCCUGUGAUUCAGUACAUUGAGAUAACUGUAUAUUUAUUUCUAGAAAACACAUGGAUAUUUGUUUUCAAAACUACUCUUUUCCAUU